UCUCUCUCUCUCUUGCCCCAAGAAAUCAAAACACAAUUUCCCAGAUUCAAACCCUUCUUUUUCAACUUCUGAAUUUAGAAUCUGAGUCUUCUCUUCUUCUUCUUCCUUCAACAGAAAAAAGCAAAAAGAAGAUAAAAGAAAACAUCAUCUGAACUUUCUCUUUUUUUGUGUUAUCUCUCUCUCUUUCACUCACUUUUAAAGUCUCCUUAAGAGAUUCAAAUCAAAAGAAAGACAAAAUCUUCCAGAAACUGCUUCUCUGAUCUUAGAAAGAUGAUCAACCUACUCAUCAUCAUGACCCACUUCUCCUAAAGAGCACCAAACAUUUCUACUUCUUAAACCCCUCUUUCUCAUUCUUUUCUCAUUUGGUACAAUUGUGUUGUGUUUCUAUUAUAAUAAUAAUAAUCAUGGAACGGAGGAAAGGUUGCAAGAUCAGGAAGAGAGGUGGUUCGUCUUCUUCCUCUUCUUCUCUUGCUCGUCAAAACCGUUUGAAACGCUCCAUUUUCGCCGGGAAAACAACCGCACAAGAUGACGGUGGUGGCGGCGGUGGCUCAGGGACUCCGGUCAAGUCCAUUACCGCUGCUAAAACUCCUGUUCUCUUAUCUUUUUCGCCGGAGAAACUUCUUAUAGAUAAUCAGUUUCUGAAAAGCAGCGUCUCGGCGAGAAAGCUAGCUGCGACUCUCUGGGAGAUCAACGACGGCACAGACCCUCCUGUAAAUUCCAAUAUAGACUACUUGGGAAGCAAGAAAUCAUCGAGAAACAGAGCGAAGAAACCAUUAGAGUUCUCUUCCAUUGAUUUCCCGCCGAAAUCAUCCGAUCCCAUUUCUCGUCAGAGCUCAGAGAGAAUAGAUCUCCGCGAAGAAGAAGAUAUAGUUCGUAAAAGAUCAACAAAUCCUCAGAAGCUACAACUAGUCGAAUACAAAACCAUCAAUACAAGCUCGGUGAAAGCUCGUUUAAAGAAUGUCAGCGAUGGGUUAACUACGUCGAGAGAACUCGUAAAGGUCUUAAAACGUAUAGGUGAGCUAGGAGAUGAUCACAAGACAGCAAACAAACGUUUAAACUCUGCUCUGUUAUGCGAACUAGACAGAGCAAGAUCUUCUCUAAAGCAUCUGAUGAGUGAAUUCGAUGCGGAGGAAGAGGAGAAACGGAGAUUGAUAGAGAGGCUACAAGAAGAAGCGGCGGUUGAGAGAAAGCUCCGGCAACGAACGGAGAAGAUGAACAGAAGAUUAGGGAGAGAGCUGGCGGAGGCUAAAGAAACAGAGAGGAAGAUGAAAGAGGAGAUGGAGAGAGAGAAGAGAGCAAAAAACGUUCUUGAAGAAGUUUGUGAUGAGCUAGCCAAAGGUAUCGGAGAUGAUAAGAAGGAGAUGGAGAAAGAGAGAGAGAUGAUGCAUAUAGCUGAUGUUUUGAGGGAAGAGAGAGUUCAGAUGAAGCUUACGGAGGCGAGACAUGAGUUCGAGGAGAAACACGCCGCCGUGGAACGGCUGAAGAAGGAGCUCCGGCGGGUUUUUGAUGGUGGUGAUGGAGAAGUAUCGUCGGAGAUCCGUAGGGUUUUAGAGACACUUGAUGGUUCUGGUUCUGAUGAGGAUGAUGAUGAUGAGGAAGAGGAGGAGAGUGAUCUUAAGUCUAUAGAGUUGAAUAUGGAGAGUGGAAGUAAGUGGGGCUAUGUUGAUCACCGGAGGGAAACGAGAUUUGGUGUCUCCGGAGAUGAUGAAGACGACGAUGAUGAUGAUGAGGAUCCUGUGGAGAAGAGAUCAGUGAUUGUUGAGAAUGGAGAGAGAGAUGAAUCGUUAAAGACUCUGAGAGAGUACAUUGUUUCGAAUGUGAGAUGUAACGGUCCUUCGUCAACGGAGCAGUGGAAUCAUCGGAAUCUACCAAGCUCUGAGUUUGUGUGAUUCACACACACCGGCACUAGCGCCGGCGAGAACAAAAUGUAUCAAUUUUUUAAAAUAGUAUAUAUACAUAUUUAUUUAUUUGUAAUUUAUUCGAU